GAAAGCGCGGGUAGUCCGGGCCGCGUGAAGGUAGCGCCGCACGUUCACCGGCCACGGCCGCGCUGUCGCUCGCCGUGUCUGCAAUCCUCUCCUCUCCUCCCGCUUUUAUUCCGCCGUCGCGUCACCAUUAGACUCCACUCCCCACCUCGAUCGCGUAGCUACCUAGUGCCGCUACGUGCUAGCAGCACUUCUUCUCCAACGAGUCGCAAUCUCCGGAAUUCCCCACCACCACCACCGCGAGUGAAAAGCGCUCCCCUUCCUUUUCCGCUUAUCUUUCCCUCCCCGGUGGUUUCUUGCCCAAGUUGGUGCAGCCAGUAGGAGCAGUGCUGCGGCACAGUGGUAGCAACGCGAGUCCGCGAGAGAAGUAGGCGGCGGGGUUUCUGACGGCGAUGUCGUCGUCGCCGCCCGCCGCGCCAGCGCCGGCUUCGCCGCCGACCAAUCGCACGGCGCCUCCGCCGGCGUCAUCGGCGCCACCCCCUGCCAACUCCUCCUCCCCUCCCCCGCCGGCGCCUCCGGCCUCCUCGCCACCCCCUUCUCCCCUGCCGCCGCCGGCGACGCCCACGCCCUCCGCGCCGGCGCCGUCGUCCGGCAGCACUCCCACGACCCCAUCCACCCCUCCUCCGGCGACGCCCUCGCCCCCGUCGACCACGCCGUCUCCGCCCUCCGACAGGUCCCCGCCGUCACCCCCGGCGGCCUCGCCGCCGCCCUCGUCGAGCUCGGGGCUCACGACGCCCGUCGUGGCGGGGAUCGCGGUGGGCGGCCUCAUCGCGCUGCUGCUCGCCAGCCUGCUCUGCUUCUGCUUGCUCAAGAAGAAGAAGAGGCGGCACCACCCGCACCACCCGCCGCCCCCGCCGCCGCCCCACCACCUGCACUACUACGGCCACCCGCCGCCGCCGCCACCACCGCCGCCCUUCAAAGGGGAUCAAUACGGUGGGGCGUACCAGAACUGGCAGCAUAAUGCCCCUCCACCACCACCACCUGAUCAUGUGGUGAAGAUGCAUUCACAUCCUCCCCCCAAACCGGCUCCUCCUCCUGUCAAUGUAAACAGCAGUGGCUCCGGUUCAAAUUACUCAGGCGGCGGUGAGAACCGAAACCCGCAUUCGCCACUCGGAAACGCCCUCAGCUUCUCAAGAUCCACUUUUACCUAUGAAGACUUGGCCGUGGCGACCGACCAGUUCUCUGACGCUAAUCUUCUCGGACAAGGCGGUUUCGGAUUUGUUCACAAAGGGGUACUCCCGGAUGGCACGGAAGUUGCUGUGAAGCAGUUAAGAGAUGGGAGUGGCCAGGGAGAGCGUGAGUUCCAGGCAGAGGUUGAGAUUAUCAGUCGAGUGCAUCAUAAACAUCUCGUGACAUUGGUUGGUUAUUGCAUUUCUGAAGAAAAGAGAUUGCUUGUCUAUGAGUUUGUUCCCAACAACACAUUAGAAUUCCACUUGCAUGGUAGGCGUGGACCAACCAUGGAUUGGCCUGCAAGACUACGUAUUGCUUUGGGUUCUGCAAAGGGAUUGGCAUAUCUUCAUGAAGACUGCCAUCCUAAGAUCAUUCAUCGCGACAUAAAGGCAGCAAAUAUUCUUAUGGAUCACAGAUUUGAAGCUAAGGUGGCAGAUUUUGGACUUGCAAAAUUAACUCCUGAUAAUGACACCCAUGUUUCCACCAGAGUAAUGGGCACAUUUGGGUACCUUGCACCAGAGUAUGCUUCUUCUGGCAAGCUCACUGAGAAAUCAGAUGUCUUCUCGUUCGGAGUAAUGCUUCUUGAGCUAAUAACUGGGCGCCGUCCUGUAAGUUCAAAACAAGCACAUAUGGAUGACAGCUUGGUUGACUGGGCGAGGCCUUUAAUGACGCGAGCACUCCAAGACGGUAAUCACGAUGCUUUAGUUGAUCCCCAGCUGGGGACGGAGUUCAAUGAUAACGAGAUGGCAAGGAUGAUAGCCUGUGCAGCUGCAUGUGUACGCCAUUCUGGACGGCGACGUCCACGAAUGAGCCAGGUUGUUCGGGCCUUGGAAGGCGAUGUAUCACUUGAUGAUCUGAACGAAGGCGUUCGUCCUGGCCACAGUCGGUUCAUGGGAUCGCACGCAAGCUCCGAGUACGACACCAACCAGUACAACGAGGACCUGAAGAAGUUCAGGAAGAUGGCACUUGGUACCAGCAGCUUCCAGAGCAGCCAACAAACGCCGUCCAGCAGCGAGCACGGCCAGCAGGACCCGUCCACCGCAGGCAGCGAUAGCCAUCAUCAGACGCAGGAGAUGGAAAUGGGGACUACAAAGAGAGACGGCGGCGAACCUGAAGCUUCAGUUACAUGACCCCUUUCUUUUGCUGGAAAGUUUCAUUGACAGCAAAUGUGUAAAUCCCCAUCUUAGCCGAGUUGACAUAAGCUGCUAGCUGACUUGCUUGCAACGAACAAAGAGAACAUAUGUUGUUGAGAUAUAUAGUUUUUUUUUUGUA